AUGGUCUCGAUAUUCUGUCCAUGGCGAAGAAGGCAGAAGAAGGUAUCGCCCCGUGACAGCUCUAGCGACCAGUCUGCGCGUUCGCGUUCGCUGCCACCUGCCUUUGAGCCGAUAACGUACACUCCCCUGGAUCCCGCCGGUGAGGAACAGCAGAUGCUAGAUGCUAUAUUCUCCUCUGCAGGCAUCUCCGCCAGCAACGAAGACACUCGAGGCCGUCGACCUCUGGAACUAGAUGGUGCCAUCUCUCGGAUGCAUUCGAAGAGUGGCAGAAUCCGACUCGGGUCCAUUGGCGGAAGGCUUCACAAGCGGUUUGCACGCGACGGUCGACUGCCGACCCCGGACCCUCCGCCGGAAGAAAGGGUCUCCAUGUGUGAUAGCGGCAUCGCCAGCCUGGAGAACAAGGCGCUGCCCGACAUACUUGAUAGUGGAAACUCGAGUGACGUUGCCUAUGACAGCGAUGCACAUAAACUACUCACCCCACAAAUCACCGCACGGCUGAAGUCUGCUAGUCCUGCAAACCGGACGAUACUGGAAACCUUUUGUUCAACGCCUGUCAGGAACAAUAUCCCGAGUCCACCGAUGGAGCAGUUCCGUCUUGGUCUCGAUGGCACUCCGGCCGGUGAGCGAGGAAGCCAGAGCACCGAGGUGGAUGUGCCGCAGCAGGCAGCAAAUGCUGAUGACCCUUGUCAACGACCUUCUCCCGCGGAACACCCAGAUUCACGAGAAAACAUGUCCGUUCAACCCAUUGAUCGUGGCUCUGAUCUCAUGACGCCUCAGAAAACCCAUUUAACUAAGGCCGCUUGUUCGAAUGUGGAUGAUGACUUCAGAAAGACGCCGACGUUGACGCCUAGCGAUCUUGGAGCUUCAGGCAAGCCAGACAAGGAGAUUAGUCCACUCUCCCUAGCAGACUCUCCCGAAAGCGUACAGAUCCACGUCACAGCGCCAGCAACAGGCACACCUCAGGAUGUUUCUCAAUCUGCCAGCCCACACCCUGAUGUUACACAAAUUAGAAGAAACGUUGGAACUUCAGUAUACUCAAGCCCAGCAUCCGACCCUCCUGAGUUUGAGUCGAAUUUUGAGCCAUGUCCUGUCGUUGAGACUCCAGGAUGCCAAGUGAAACGGAGUUUGACCUCCAGUAGAGUCUCGCCAGAGAAUGUACGGAAACAACGCGGGCCAGCAGCUAGCAGACCCAGAGCGCCCUCAAUUGCCACCCAGAGAGACAGUAAUAGCAUAUUCAGAAGAAGUCGCUUCAUCGAGGACCUAGAUGAUGUGUUUACGUUGAAAUUCGAGACACAUGAGCAUCAAAAGGAAAACGUCCCUGAAAAGCGGAACAAGGGCAGGCGGUGUAGCGACGGCUGGCUCUCUGGUGGUAAACGAGUGGGAUACGGCUACAAUUUCCCCCAAAGAGAAAGAUAUCCUCGGCUAUCGUGCUCUGAAGGUUCAGCGGAUGAGAGAUACAGGUCCGUCGCCCGGCUCCAAUCUAUUAGAAAUGGAGCCCGUUUGGACUACAGACUUCCUAUCCAAGACUUUAAACGUAUAACACGUCCACUAGAUGGUCCGGGCCCGGGGAAAACGUCUACAGAGAGCGGCUAUGUUACCAGUCAAGCUGCCCCAUCUUAUCAAAGUGAUAUGGACCGCACUGAUCAACCAAGCAAGGUAACAAGCGCAUUUGCAUCACUUGCGAAGAAAGUUCGCAAGCACAGAAGAGACGAGAGUGACUACACCGCAACAUCCAGCCAUUCAGACCCAUCCCAUGGACUAGAACCGUUUCCACAACGGUACCCUGAAGCAGAUCUAGAACUGCCUGUUGGUUUCGAUCCAGCACGUCGAGACAUGGGUAGUUCUGCAUACAACCGCAAUCCAGCCACUGUCAAGCUUGUUAAAGCGCUCCAAAGGUCCUCAAGCCUAGCCGCAGAGCACUCUAAUCAAUGCCAGAUGGUAUAUGACGAGAUCACGGGCGGGUACAGUGACGAGGACGAUGACAAUGUACUGCCCGAGCCAAUGACCGCUGAGGUGUGGUCCAGGCUGUAUGAUGACUGUCUCGAAACAACUGAUUGA